ACCAGAUCAAAGGUUGUCAUUACCAGGCAUAGUAUUGCUCUGCUGAAGAAAGCAUUAAGUGCUGGGAAAAUUCAAGGAACUGCAAUUGAACUCCCGAAAACAGAAGCUCGACAAAGUCCAAACGUUACCCUCGAGGAUGUUAAAAAGGCAGCUGUCCAUUUACUGAAAGGAAAUGAUUCACUGAGCAUUUCGCCGUUGUUUCAGCAGAUGUUGGGGGCUCAUCAUUUGAAUAAAUUCCUCACAAUUUUACUCAAUUACUUCUCUGCGUUUCUUUCUAAGUAUGAGUUGGAGUCCAAGACCAGCAAUUUUAUGACUGCUAUGGAGCAAAUCGAGAUUGCUGAGGCUAAUACUAAAAUGGACCUGGCACGGAAACUAAUGGCCCAGAUAUAUUGCAAGAUGUUACUGGGCCUUGGCAUGGCCAAACAGCAUCACAUGGCAUGUGGAAAGCGCCUUCAGACAAGGAGACCUCCAAUAAACACCAUCCUGAACCAACGCUCGCCAGUCCUUACCUCACUGAUCCAGACCCCUCGGGAAAAGUCAGCGUACCUCUUCAAACACCACCACGUGAAUCCAAAGUUCCGAGCUGAUGUGGCAGACCAGAAGACCAAGGUGCUGGACCUGAAGCUGGAAUUGGCUGAGAGCAUUGGGAUCAUCGGAGAGCCUUUCUCAAAUUUCUUUUCAGAUACACUCAUCCCCAUUGAUUCUUACAUCGAGAAUGAAGGGACUGAGGAGUCAGUGGAUGAGGAGGCUCUACUACAAAAGAGUGGAUACUCUCAUUCAACAGCCAUCGAGUCCUCUCUGGGAGAUAUGAACUCCCAUCAUCAAUAUCUGGACAUGUCGAGGGCUACAACUGUAGCUGCAGACUCUGAAUACAACCUGUAAAUGAGCAGGUUACACAACCAAAACUCACUUUAACCUAUUUAGGAAUAAACCUUUUACUCUUUGCAA